CAAACACAACCAUGAGACCUAUGGGCAUUCUUUUGACAUAAAAACUACGAAAAAAAUAUCUUUGAAUACCUACUUCCCUUAUCCAUUAUCUCUCUCUACCCGCAAAAGUCACAGUAAACCAUUUCCACUUGAACCUCCAUUAAAACUUUCUCCCACAUCUUUCAAAAAUGGCGCAACUCCAUUCCUUAUGCUUCCCUUCACCAACUUCCCUAUCUCUCCUUGAACCUCACUCUUUCUCUCCUUCUCUCUCCUCUUUCCCUUCUUUCUCUCUCUUCUCAACAAAACCAUCCUUUCUCUCAAUUCGCCAUAACUCCCCCCUAAACCCCAUUUUCUCUUCUUCUUCAUCUUCAACUCUCACCAUUGAAAACCCAUCAUCUGAAUUUAAACAAGACGAUGAAAUUUGUCCAACUAGGUUGCUCGCCCAAAACGUCCCUUGGACAGCUACUCCCGAUGAAAUUCGCGCGUUGUUCCAGAAUUAUGGCACUGUUGUUGAUGUUGAGUUGUCAAUGCAUAGUAAAACGAGAAACAGGGGAUUGGCGUUUGUGGAAAUGGGUUCGGUUGAAGAGGCUGCUGAAGCUCUUGCCAAGCUUGAGUCUUUUGAGUUUGAAGGUCGAACACUUAGACUGAGUUAUGCUAAGCCAAAGAAGGAGAAAGUUUCUCCUCCUGUUCAAUCUAAGCCAGCUGUUGUGUACAACCUGUUUGUGGCAAAUCUGUCUUUUGCAGCAAGGGCUAAAGACCUAAAGGAAUUUUUUCAAUCUGCUGGGAGUGAUGUUGUUUCAGCUGAGAUUAUAUUUAAUGAAAAUCCUAGAAAAUCAUCUGGAUAUGGAUUUGUUUCUUUUAAGACUAAGAAAGAAGCGGAUGAAGCCCUCACUAGUUUUGAAGGAAAGGAGCUCAUGGGAAGACCAAUCAGAGUAGCACGUAGCAAAAGAUUUGUAAAACUUGAGUCGGAAAUAAAUACUGUGUCAGAAGAUGGGGAAGACAUGCCAGCUGAUCUUAGUCAUGAUUUAGAGCAAACUGAGACUGUUGAUGACUUGUAAAGAUGAAGAAUGAGAGGUGCUGUCAUUUUGUUUGCAUCAACUAUCUUGUUGAGGAGGAUAUAAUAGUUCACAUCAUCUUGAGGCUGUAUAUGUUGGUUGUUGGAGCGUCUCUUGUUGCUUCAUGAGCAAAACUAAGCACCGCCGACCUUUGAUACAGGUGAUGUCAUUCGGUGAUGCAAAGUUUAUCAAUUGUGAAAGAAUGGAAUGCUAUCAUACAUAGAACUAGAAGAGUGCAAGUUUUUGAGCAUCCAGCUUCAUGGUUGCUUGCAUAUAGAAGCUUCGGAAUUCCUCGAGGUUGCUUGCUCUUCCCUCGACUUCAUGCACUGGAUGGCUUCAAUGCAUGGUCAACUGCUUAGAAAUACAAAUCAUAUAUACCCAAAUUUAAUGUGGAUGCAUUGCAAGCAUUAAUAUGAUGUUGCAGUUAGCUAAUUGAGAGUGUCAUUUAAUGAACUUUUUGGAGAAGUACACUGUUGUUGAUGCACAGAUAUCUGGAGUGUUUAGGUUACAACAUGUUCAAAUGCUUUUACUUACUGCAAUCUUGUGUUUUUGGCAUCUAA